GGCGCGGGGGUUGCUGGGAGCGCGGCGGUUGGUUUCGCCGCCGCCUCAGGACGAAAACUUCUGCAAUGAGUAAACGUAAGCUGAAGGAGAGCAGUGAAGUGAAUGAAGAAUGCAUUUCACAGGUGCAGAAAAUUUUACGUGAAAGAUUCUGUCACCAUUAUGCUACUGGAAAACUGUUUGGGAUUGAACAUCAGUACAGACAUCUGCUGGAACUGCUGAAACGAGCUACAGUUAAUGGAGAAAGUAAUUCUGCCCUCAUUAUUGGACCCCGAGGAUCAGGAAAGACUGCGUUGUUAAACCAGGUUUUAAAAGCGGUCAGAGAAAUGCAACAGGCUAAAGAGAACUUCUUGGAAGUUCACCUGAAUGGGCUUCUGCAGACUAAUGAUAAAGUGGCCCUGAAGGAGAUCACCAGGCAGCUGCAGCUGGAAAAUGUGGUUGGGGAUAAAGUUUUUGGCAGUUUUGCUGAAAAUCUUGCGUUCCUCCUCGAAGCUUUAAGGAAAGGAGAUCGAACUAGCAGCUGUCCAAUCUUGUUUAUACUGGAUGAAUUCGACUUGUUUGUUCAUCACAAGAAUCAGACGCUGCUCUAUAACCUCUUUGAUACAUCCCAGUCAGCACAGACUCCAGUAACAGUUAUUGGACUUACAUGUAGACAGGAUAUCCUGGAGCUCUUGGAGAAGAGAGUAAAAUCAAGGUUCUCUCACCGACAGAUAUAUUUGAUGAAUUCCUUUGAUUUUAAACAAUACCUUAUGAUAUUCAAGAAACAACUUUCCCUUCCUUCUGGAUUUCCUGAUGAGUCUUUUGCACAAAAAUGGAAUAGUAAUGUUCAGCAUCUCUCAGGGGAUAAAACCGUGAAAGACAUGCUGGAGAAUCUUUUUCACUACACUAAAGAUCUGCGCUCCCUUCGUUUGCUGUUGAUGCUCGCUGUAAGUAACGUUACCGUGCAUCACCCACUUAUCACUGCAUCAGAUCUUCAUGAGGCAAGCAAGCAGUACAGAACAGACUCAAAGGCAAAUAUUGUACACGGUUUGUCUGUCCUGGAAAUGUGCCUAAUUAUAGCUAUGAAACACUUAAAUGACGUUUAUGAAGGAGAACCAUUUAACUUCCAGAUGGUUUACAACGAAUUCCAGAAGUUCGUACAACGGAAGGCUCAUUGUAUGUACCACUUCGAAAAGCCAGUUGUCAUGAAGGCAUUCGAACACUUACUACAACUGGAAUUAGUAAAACCCAUAGAAAGACCCUCUGUGCGUGCUCAGAGAGAGUACCUCUUAAUGAAACUGCUCCUGGACAACAAUCAGAUCAUGGAUGCUUUGCAAGUAUAUCCCAACUGCCCCACGGACGUGAAGCAGUGGGCAGCGUCGUCCCUCAGCUGGCUCUGAGCUUUCGGGAACUCGUAAGGUCACUUUUUCCAUCAAAACUUUUGGAGUCAACUGUCAACGCCAGAAGAUGGAAAGGUUACCCACAGGAGGCUGGGGGGGGGGGGGGGGGGCGGGUCAGAUUAAUAAAUUUUUGGAAGCAGCUUGCUUUUGCAGAGAGAUUUUGGGUUUUUAAGGAGAGCUAGAUUGGGGUUCUCUUCUACUGGCUGUAAAGGUGAGUGAGGAACUUCUGCACUCGGCUUUCCUCUCACCCCCCCCCCCUUUCCACUGUGUAGGACCCAAAGCCCCCGGCGUUCCUCCAGCGUGGGUUACAGCCACGUUAGCUGCUGGGGGGCCCGUGCAGUUCAAAGCUCCUACUUUGUGUAGUUUUUCUUCUCAAAUUUGACUUGCCAGAGAAAAUUGACAUCAUUAAGCCUCGAGGCGCACCUGGUUUGGGGUGGUGUAGGGCCAGGGGGGUGCUCCCCAGGGGCUGCAGGGUGACUUCGAAGUGGCUUUAGGGCUGGGGGGAGUGAGUGAGGAAGAGGAGGGUGCAGAAUAGGGUGUGUGGACAUCCCUGGGAGCGGGGGAGGUGUGUGUUACGGGGCCGGGUGGCAGCUGAAGGCGGCUGUGCAGAAGGGGCCUGGCAGGUGCUGCUGGCUCCCCCCAGGAGUAAGCUCCUGCUGGCUCUUCCCUCUAAGCCCAGCCUCUGGCUUUUUUAGUGGCCCAGGGGCUUCAGUCUGGCAAAAACCUGAAGCAAAAAAAAAAAAAAACAACAAAAACCAAAACCAACCCCUGGAGCCCUUUUCCUCUGGCUCUGUGCCCAGCCCCCUGUUGUGGGCUCUCUGCUGCUGCUCCCUCGGGGCCCUGUGUGUCCCUCGCCCUCAGCAGGAGCCAGGAGGGUGGCAGGGACCUGCCUCCCUGCCCUGCAGCUCCCCCCCUCCCUGAGUUUCCCGAGGGGUGGUGUGUAAAUGACAAUUACCCAACUCUCCCCAGCUCGUGGUGAAGCUCAGAGUAACUCCGUGCUGUAAGGAAGGGGGUCUCCCACCCCCCCUACCUAAAAUGUGCUGGAAAUAAGGUAAAAGCUUUACUUUCACAGAAGAGUUGCAGCUCUUCUGUGGCUUCAGAACUGCGUCGCUUCUACACAGUCAGACUACAAGUAAUUUAAAAAAAGGCAUGGAUACAAGGUGUAGUAGUCACAUUUUUUAUUUUAACUUUUCAGGGGGAUAGGGGAGAAAGAGUAUACAUUUUUAUUUGUACAAUAUUUAACAAUCACUUUAUUGGGGGGGGGGGGGGGGUGGGGAGGGUUGGUUUGUUUUUAGUACUUGCAGAAAAACAGCAAGUACCUUCUGACAGUAGUACAACAACCUGUGCCCAAAACACUGACAAAUACAAAGAGUAAAGUUAAAAUAAUUGCUUACCAAAAUCUUGAGAGGUAACGAAUAGUAUAUAUGGACUGAAACGGCGUUAAAAAAAAACAAAAUAAAAGGAAAAAAAAAAGAAAAAAGAAAAAAAGUACUGCUGGUUGAGUAUCUGAGGUAAAUGAUGUUCCAUCAAGGAUGCUACUUGAAUCAUUUUGCCCAUGAACGCGUAUUGCAGCUUUCUGCAUUUUGUACCAAGUGUUCCUAAUAAAAGUAACCGGAUUGAAAAAAAGAGAAGCUGGAAAAAAAAAAAAGAACCAACUGGUAACCCUCUUUCUUCUGUCAAAAGCUACUGGGAGCAGGAGAGUCUCGUUACUGCCUGGCUGGGGUUGGGUUAGCACUCCCCACGGUGUUUGAAAACGCCACGGACUCGUUGAAGACCUCGGCCAGAAGAGCUGAGCUGCACCACCCCCAGCUGUGCCCCUGGGGCAGCCCUGCUGCCCUUCCCCACCCCCGGCCUGCUGCCCUGGGUCUCGUUCAGCCGUGACGUCUCUGACUGUUCCCAGAGAUGGAGUUCACGGACGGGUAAAACCGCGAGUAGCUGGUGGCUCUACAGCUCAGUUUAAGAUGACGUUCACAGCCAGCUCCUACCUGCAACAUUAAAAGCUCCUCUCGAGAGGGGGCGAACGCAGGGCGUAAAACCAAAGAAAACAAGGACAGAAGACGCAGCACGCUACGAGCUAGUGGCGGUUCCGUACUCUAGAGGUUGAUGAAAUUUAUUUUACGUGGAGGUUUGCGUAAGGGAUCGUCAAGUGAACGCGGUGAAACAGGAGAAGCACUUUGGCACCUACCUACCAGUCACUCUGUGAUCGGAGGAGGCGGCGUGACUUCCUAAACCCGAAAAGAAGGGUGGAGGUGGGAAAGCAGUUCCGAUGAUUUUCCUCAGUUUCUGUGAGCCCGUGCUAUGGACAUCGGCAUUCGUUACCUCUAAAUAGUCAUUGCAUAUUUGAAGUUGUGAGCGUUAACUAAAUUAUCCCUGAAAUUUGUAAGCGUUUGUGAUCUGAAAUCUGCGGCUAGAAUUUUUUCGUACGAUUCCAGGAUAAGCCUGGUUGUAGCACAGACAGGGCUCCGGUGAGAUGGCACCAAGCUUGGAGGGGAGAGAAGUUGCGGCUCUCCGAGCAGAGAGUAAGGAAUUGGGGGGUAACUGAGCUUCCUGAGGUGAUCCUGAAACAGUGAUACAGAACCCACUGCAUACUGUUUAGUGAAACAGAAAACACACGCUAGGCAGACCUUGUCACAAACAUAAAUAGGAAAAAGACUUCUUUAAAAAAAAAAAAAAGAGAACAAGAAUUCAGAGCUUUCCAGUGUCACAGCUCACAGAGAAAUUAAAAAAAGUCAUGCUUAAGUUUUCAACUAUUCCUCAGACACAGCAAACCUAAAUAGUAUUCAGUUAAAUAAGUGUAUGAGAUAUUCUGGGAAAUGGAGGAAAGAGAAAAGCUUUAAACUAAAACAGGAAGGAAAAUUUUGUUUCAAUAAACAGCACUUUUUUUUUUUCUUUAUACACAACAAGCUAGUACAAGAAAAGGCUAAAAACACUGCUUUAGGAAUGGCCAUUUACUGUUGGCAUGAAGCAUAGCUUACCCUUCUUAAAUAACACAGUGAAUUUGAAAUACAUCAUUUACAAAACAUGGAUCGAUUUAUUAUUCAAAUUUUGUUAGUGUUGUCAAUCUCAUAAUUUAGCGGAGGUGGAACUGAGGUAUACCUUGUUGAGGGAGGUUAAGUAAUACUUGGAAGCCUCUUUGCUAUAUCCCACUUGAUUACUUUUGUUUAUGUACACUGAACAGCAGCACACUAAACAUUCACAAGCUGUGUCAUAUUGGCAUUACAAUAGUCAUUUUUAUAUAAACAACAGCAAAUGCAAUAAAAACAAGUUACCCUUUUUUUUCUUUUUUUUUUUCUUUUUUUUUUUUUUUUUUUUUAAAUCUGAAAUGAAAUGUUUGAUUUAAAAAAAAUAACAGUAGUUCAUUUAAGGAAUUAGUCUCUUCUGACAGGUAUUAAGAAAUCUGAUGUCAGUUUUUAAAACGCUUGAUUAGCCAGUCCAGGUCCAUAAUUCUUCAUUUAAGCUCCUCAACAGCGCGUUCUCGUUUCUCAGUCACACACGUCCUUCAGGUGUAAGCGGGGAAUGCAAAAAGUCUCAUGGAUCCACGGUCGGGAGGAGGAAGGGGGGGAAAAUAAAGGAGAAAAAAAAAAAAAAAAAA